AUGUACUGUUACAUCAAAUAUAUAGACUACAAAGAUAUUCAACCAUCAGAAUUCAUAUGUACUGCCAUUGAAAACAAACAGUUAUUAUUCAAUCCUGAUUGCUAUAUUAGAAUAAUUUUGGACUAUGUUUAUGGAGAAGUUGGGAUCCCAAAUGAAAUUCAAAAUAAAUUUGAUUUUGCAACUGAAAAAGGAAAAGUUUUGAAAAUCAAUGAUUAUCCACCUAAUGUUAUUGGUCUAGAAAUAUUUACUGAUAAGGAAACCUAUUAUAUUGUUUAUUGGGAUGAUGACAAUCAAAUCAAACCAAUGCUGGGUGGAGCAUCAAGAGAAAUCACAGAAUUUGAAGCCUAUCAAAGAAGAAGAUCAUCUCAAUCCAAAAGACGAUCUUCUGCAAACAAAUCAAGCCAAGGUUCAUCUCUGGUUAGUAAUGAAACUAAAUUGAGAAUGAGUCAAUCGAAAAACUGA